GUGGAUUAAGCGAAGGAAUAUUUCUUUAUCCAAUUUUUUAAAUUCCAAUCAAAGUCUUACUCUUGACCUUCCCUCUUUCUUUAAAACCCUACGCAUGUUCUCUAGGGUUUCCUCACUCCAUCGCCAAAUUCUUCUCAAUGAAGGGGAAAACGAAGGAGUACGAUUCGUAUUCGACUUCGUUGCUCAGCGAGGACAGCGAUUCUUGCGACAAUCCUGAGUUCUCGAGUUCGAAAUGUAGUAGAAAUUGGGAUAAAGAUAGGGAUUUUGAGAGGUGCGAUGGGUACAGCUCACCGCCGAAUAUCUCGGCGACAGCGAAUGGGUCGGUUGAGAUCAAGAAUCAAGAGCAGGUGGUGGUGGAUGGAGAGAAGCACGCCGAUUCGGCUGCAAUCUGCAGGAUUUGCUUCGAACACGACGGGGAUCAGUUAAUAGCACCAUGUGCGUGCAAAGGUACCAGCCAGUUUGUUCAUCGUUCAUGCUUAGAUAAUUGGCGUUCUGUCAAGGAAGGAUAUGCUUUUUCCCAUUGCAUGACAUGCAAGGCACAAUACCAUCUUCACAUUAAUUUCUUGGAAGGUUCCUGUUGGCGUACCGCAAAAUUUCGCAUGUUUGUUGCAAGAGAUAUCAUUAUUGUAUUUUUGGCAGUACAAAUGAUCAUCUCCAUGCUUGGCGGUCUCACAUACUUGUGUGACAUGCAUGGGAAGUUAAUAAAGCUUAUUGAUCAUGGUUGGGGUCACCCAGUAUUCUUCUACUACUGCUGUGGAGCAAUUUUAACCCUUGCACUGCUGGGAAUUGUCGGCUUAAUUGCACAAUGCUCACCACGUCGUGAGACCGGUUCUUAUAAUUCAAGUCCUUCCGGUUCAGGAGAGACACCUGUUUACUGCCUCAACGGUCCAAUGUUCGUUGAUUGCUCAAGCUCUGGUUCUGACUCUGAUGGGGACUUUUGUGCUGUGAUGCUCAUUAUUGUUGUCAUUGUCGUCAUCAUUUUUGCAGCCAUUGGAAUCUUCUAUGGUAUCUUCGCGGGAUCCAUUGUUCUCCAAAGGAUUUGGCAGAGGCACUAUCAUAUUCUAACGAAGAAAGCGCUUACAAAGGAAUAUGUGGUAGAGGACCUGCAUGGUAAUUACGCACCCCCGAAGCUUGAUGAAGAACACGCUAAACGUUUGAGAAUGCUCAACCUUUUGUAAAGUUUAUUACAGGAAACGACAGAAAAAAUUAAUUACGGAAUUUUUACAUGUACUAUUUUAGUGCGUCCUUGGUUUGCAGUCACUCAUUAGAAAAGCAAGAACGUGCCUAAUCCAAAGCUGUAAUAUAAAUAUAUGAUGGUAAA